CGGAGAAAUGAUAAUACAAUACCUAUAAGAUGGAGCUUAAGAAGCAAGAGAGCUUCACCAAUGUGCCUUUAAUGUUUGUUAAUGAAGAUGACGUAAAUGAUGUCUACCCCGUACCGCAAGAAUACCCAUAUAGGCAGCAACCAACACAGAGUGGAGAUAGUGUUAAUGAUGCGAUAUAUCCCGUGUUGCCAAAUAAGAUGAAAACGGCGCGUAAUACUUUGGUCUCAUAUAGCCCAGCAAUAAGUGAUCGCCAUCUUGCUUCAGAUGUUCUCAAAAGGCUUGACUCACAACUAUCCACACAUGUAGAUAGAGCUAUUACUAACGUGGGAACAGACAUCGAGCCACCAACAAAAAACAAGAAUGUAUUUUUAUCACCGGAAUUUGCAAAAAAACGCAGACAAAUGCUUUUUGCAAAGCAAUGGAAGAGAAAUGCCAUUAAUGAAUAUAUGGUGAAGUACUAUGCUUCAAAAUUCCAGCCGACUGAAGACGUAUCACUGAAACAACAUAUAUGUAAUACGAUAGGUGGAGAUCACGCAUUAAGAAAUUUUUUUGAAUUAAAAAAUGGUUCAGAUCACAAGCUAAGGAAAGAUGAAACAAAUGAUAUGGUAAAAGAUUGGAUUGAAGCAGGACCUCAAUACUCCCAAGUGCUUAGCGAUGCCCUUAAGAAAUAUCAUGAUUAUCUGUACAAAAGAAACAGAGACAAUAGCGACGUCAAGCGUAAGGUAGCGUCUACAUCUAGGUACUUUUUCGAAAUGUUGGCGGAAGCAAAGGAAUGCGAACGUAAAAUGAACGAACGUAUGCUGGUUACCGAAGAGAGAUUAUAUGGCAGGAAGGAUUUUAUUGCCGAUAUAGAAAAGGAAAACCAACUAAAUAGAAAUAGGUGCAAAAAGCUGUAUGCCAUGUAUCUACAGUGUCAAAGGAGAUGUGAUGAAUGGGUCAGAAAUGCCCAUGUAACACAGAAUACGGCUAGAAAUACAUCUCAGCAAAAUACAUCAUUCUAUGGCCAUCAAGCUGAUAAUAGAGUACAAAUACAGGCAAAUGCUGAUGGAUUAGCAGAAGCUACGGCAGCCAAUAUAGCAGAGGUUCCACCUAAUAAUUAUAACAUGGAAGCUUGCAACACUACGGCAGCUACUGGAGCACCACCUGCAACACGAAAUAGAGAUCCGCAUGUAUUGCACAUUACACAAUCAACGGGAACAUUGAACGAUAGAAGAGAUACCAGCGAGCGUUUGCUAGCCAAUCAAUAUGAGGAUAGAGGGAGUAGCGUGAAUGGCAAUGCCCCUUCUGCAGGAAUACAACCCUCAGAAAUGCCUUGCCAAACAGAAAAUUAUAACAAUGAAGUGGGAAAGAAUGCUCCAAAUCCUAACCAGGCGCUUUAUUCAGGCUCGUGGGAUCCAUUGGUAUGUAGGCAAACAGAGGGAAAGAGGUUGAACCAAUAUGUUGUAAACAAAAGAACUACAUCCGCUGAUGAUACUCUGACUCCGACAAGAAGGUUACGCGAAGUAGAUGCCAGUAUUUCAUUGAUCAAUCCUGGAGAAGUGCCUCCAGAUGGUAAGACAGCAGAUGUAGAUAGUGGAGAUCCCGUUACACCAACUCAACUCAUGAGCGGAAGCGUUAACAGAGUUAAUGAGUUGCAACUGUCUAAUCGGUUGAGUUCAGUGGGUGGAGUCAACCGAUGGAUAUACAGUAAGAUGGAGGAAAGAGGAGAACUUGAUGGAUACAAAACACUUCUUAACGAACUGAGGUCAUUACUGUUCGCCAAAGGCGGUACUGUACUAGGAUAUUACUCGUUACCACAAGCUCUGGAGUGGCUUGACGAAACCGAUGCAAAUAGAGUUAUAAUACCACCCAGCCAAGAAAGUUUCAGGGAUGGUACACUGUAUACGACAUGUUCAUUUGCUGAAAUCAAGUUAAUGAAAAUACUACAAGGUGGCAUAUACCUCCUAAGAUCAAAGCCGCGCACCAAAGUUUUUGAUGAGGCUGUCCUGCAACAGAUUCUAGAUGCAAAUAGCGAACUUUUCGAAUUAAAGAAGAGAUUGGACAACGGAAGAUGCUCCCUUUACAAGAAGCUUAAAAGAGACUGGGCUGAAAGGAAUUCAAAAUGGGCAGGAUUUCCACCACUAAAAAGAGGAUACCGAUUGCUAAAUAUGUUAGGUAAAGGAGGUUUUGCAGAAGUAUGGGAAGUAUUAGACCCAAUCACUUUGACAAUACAGGCCGCUAAAUUACAUAUUUUGUCUAACGAUAUGAAUCAAAUUGAACGUGGCAACGUAGUAAUGAGGGUAAAAAAUGAAAUUGAUAUACACAAGACAUGUAGAACACAUAAAAAUAUAGUUAAUAUGAAAGCAUGCUUCGAAAUGGGAGAUAACAUGUUGGCCACUAUUCUAGAGUUAUGUGAUGACGGUGACCUAGACCAUUAUAUUAAACUUCACGCACCAGUGCCAGAAAAACUAGCGCUUACGUGGACUUAUCAAAUACUUGAGGGACUUCAUUACAUGAAAACGUUACCAGAAGGAAGAGUCCAUCACUGCGACCUUAAACCUGGUAAUAUAUUAAAGCACAAGGGAAACAUUAAACUGGCAGAUUUCGGACUCUCAAAGAUGGUUCCGCAUGAAUCGACAAGGGAGCUUUGGGGAGGUGGUGGUACUAUUUUCUACCAACCCCCUGAAUGUCUGGUCGCUAACGUUCGGAACAAACAAGUAGUCCUAACCGACAAAAUAGAUAUAUGGGCAGUCGGAUGCAUCCUAUAUGAAAUGCUGUAUAACACCCGACCAUUUGGAUUCGGAGGAGGUAAAAAGUCACUAUCAGAGAGAAUGUAUCAAGCCAUACUUAGUGGUGUUAAAUUCCCAUCGAACGAUAAUGUGUCGGAAGAAUGCAAGAACCUGAUGCUCCGAUUCCUUGCAUUCGAUCCUUCAAUGAGACCAUCCAUAGAGGAAGCCAUGGCAUCACCCAUAUUCCACAUGGACGUAGGAGAUUCCACCUGAAC